AUGCGAAUUACGAGUGCGUGUGCGUCAACAGCCCUCGCAUGUUUGCUUCUUCUCACAAGCGCAAAUACCGUACUACUGUACUUAUCCAGACGUACUCACGCACGUCACCGUGGAUGUCUGUUUGAUGCGGUCCUAGUCAUCGGGGCCACCCAAGUGGUGGUCGUGGUGCGCGCUAAAACGGAGCAUCGAAAGCCCUACUGGACGGGACGUUUCCUGGGGCUGUCCCGGACUUGGACAGACGUGAGUAAGAUUUUGUUGUUCAUAGGCAGUGCGCGCACGACGCAGGGAAGUUCCUCGGUAACCCUUUUGGGCAGCGCGAUCAGUCAACCCAACCUCCCAACCUCUCUCGAAGCUGCAGGCCUGCACCUCAUCCCGUCUCCAUCCACUCAGAGCGGCCGCCACCCAUUCUUCCCUGCUGCCGCCCAACCGCUCUCCGCCUCUCUAUCAAUGUCAAUCUGUAUCCGUACGGAGCAUUUGCACCAGGUUUCUGCUUUGCGCGUACCGUCCCGCCAGGUGGCUCUUACCGCCUCUGCUGGCUGGUCAGGUAUUCGUUGCGUAUCCAUCUGUACCGUGCGUACCUUGACUGAGGCUGGGACGUACAGCUUGAGAUGUACAAUGGGAUACCUCUCAUCCUCCCGCCGUCCGUCUUCCUCUCGGGAACUAGGCGGCGCAAGCUGGGCUAAGCAGGCUAUCAUCGCUUGGCCAGCAAGAGGCUAG